AUGCUCAAGUCUAGUGGAUUCAUAUUCAACCCUCGAGUCAUUGCCAAUAAUGUCAUCGGAAUCACAAGGAAGAGUAACAAUUCACCAUUCAUGAAUUGUUAUAAUGCUCCAUCAAGAGUGAUUAGUGCCUUGUAUCAUUUUAACAUUAUUGCGAACAAGAAGUUUUCCUCUUUUACCAGUGGAGGAGGAGCCGAUAGAACUCAACUAACUAUUUAUGAACAAUUGAGAUCAAGAACAUCAUCUCAUAGAGAAGAUAAUGAAGAUAAUGAAGAAAGAGUAAAAGAAAAACCAAGAGUUGUCAAUAAGAAUCAGAGGUAUUUGGACCGAAAUGAAAAGAGACAUUCCAGACAAGCUCACGAUGAUGGAAGCAGAAGAAGAGAAGGAAGGGAUAGAGACUACCAUAGUAGAGACAGAAGAAGGAAACAAAACCAUUUCGAAGAAGAUGAUCCUUGGGCUGAAAAGCCAAAAGUAAAGAAAUAUUUACCGCCUCCUGAGCUCACUAGAAACAAAUACAUCACAGAUGACUUGGAGCAUCAUUUUUCGAAUAGCAAACCUAAGACUAAGGUUCCAGCCUUCUUUGCAAAUAUUUCUAACUCUGCACAAGAUGUACAAAAGAUGAAAUCUAAUGUAAUCAACCAUAUUGCAGAUCAUAAAAUGAAAAGGGGACACAUUCAGAACAUCUCACACAAGAACUCAACAACGAAAAUUGAAACCCCAAUUGUAGAUAAGAUUGAUUCUGAGCUAAGUGAAUUAUUAGGAGGUGAAGAUAUUGAACUUUCACAAAAUUCUAAAAGAUUUGAAAUUAUUGAUAGUAUCGCCAAUCUUGAAGAUAAUGCUCUCUUUGAUGAAAUUGAAAAUGAAGAAAUAGAUCUCUCUCAAAUCAACCUAUCUCCUGAAGAAAAUCGUUCAAGACUUCAAACUUUUUACUUUUCAACUCUUCCUGAAUACAUAGAAGAAUGUUUAUUGAACAUUUUGAAAAAUCAAGACUCAAUGACAGACAGUGAAUAUUACAAAUAUCUCAAUAUGGAAAGGUUGUACAUUACCAGUGCAAAACUUUCUGAAGAUUAUAGAACAAUAACGUUAAACUAUAGAUUGUUGGUAAGAGAAGGUAUUGAUGAAAUGGGAGAGGAAGCUAACCAAAGAGAUGCUCAAAUUAUUGAUAAAUUAUUUGCCACCCAAUUUGUCAAACCAACACUAGAAACCUUUGAGAAUAUGCAUGGUAGAGUGAUGUUGCGUGAUUUUGAAAAGCCAAAGACUAUCAAACUCAAUUUUAAGGGAAUCAAAUUGCAUGAACCAAGUAUUUUUGACGAGCCAUUACCAAAUGUUAAACCUGGUGAGAGAAGACCACACAUUAACCCAUUUGCAGAACUGCCAUAUUUUACAGGAAAACCAAUGAGUGGUGAAAGAGCAAUUAACAUUCUCAAUAACUUGGGUAUUAGCAUCCCAGACGAUUCAGAAGCAGCAGAAAAAAAGAACUCAGAUAAACCAACCACAACGAGAAAACAAAGAGAAACAAAAUAAACAUGCUGGAUAAUAUCCGUAUUAUUGGUUGUUUUUGGA